CGUUUUUCAUAUAUUAAUAUUAAUAGUUUUCAAAAUGAAACAUAUAACUGUGGCGAUCAUUUUUACAAUAGUUGCUAUAAAAUGUGUGUUAAGUUUUAAAUAUAAUUACAUCACAAGCGAUGGUAUAAUUCAUUUAAAUGUUACAUAUAAUGAGACAAUCAUUGAUUUACCCGAAGAUGCGGUCGCUUUACUUAUAUAUGAAAACAAUGUCAACAAAACCGGUUGGGCGAAUUUAGAGCUACGAACUUACGACGGCUUUCCCGAUGAGGUGCAGUCAUAUAUGGGUGGAGUGAUCGAGGGCUACAUAACUGGACAACUAAUUCACAUGAGUUAUCGCAAUAUUAUUGAAGGCAUUUGCGACCAAAAGACACAAAUUUGUAAAUCAUUUAAAGAAUUUGUGAAAAAUAAUACAAAAUUUGUCGAAACUAUGAUAUCUAAACACAAAGACGACUACUGGCAUCAGUUGAGUCUAAUAUACCAACAAAUUAAUGGUUUAGAAAAAGGGUAUGAGUUAUGGAAAGUGGAAAAUGAUAUCAAAAAUGCGACGGAAACUCAAUAUAUGAGGUAUGAGUUAUGGAAAGUGGAAAAUGAUAUCAAAAAUGCGACGGAAACUCAAUAUAUGAGUGAAAUAUUUUGGCUAAACUUAUGGACAGAAACGGCGAGUUUGGCGCGAAUCGUGAGCCCCAACUCAACCGUCCAUCACAGCGACCACUGCUCGGCGAUUGUCAAACCCCUGGCCGAUGGGAGCGACCUAUUUGUGUCGCACAACUCGUGGACCCCAUAUCAGGCUAUGUUACGAGUGCUCAAGAAAUACAGUUUCGCUUUCAAUACAUUGCAGUCAAACCGCACGAAACCAAUAGCCGGUCAUUCGGUGACCUUCUCUUCAUAUCCGGGUCUUGUCUUCUCUGUCGAUGACUUUUAUGUCAUAUCAUCGGGUCUUGUGGUGCAGGAGACCACGAAUGGCAACUAUAAUCAAUCCCUGUAUAGACAUAUCAGAGCCGAUAAUGUAAUCUUUGAGUUCAUACGCAAUGUUGUGUCCAAUCGUUUGGCCGAAUCGGGCAAAGAGUGGACACAACUGUUUAGUCCUUAUAAUAGCGGGACAUAUGACAACCAGUUUAUGAUCGUUGACUACAAACUAUUCAAAAGGGGUACAAAAGUGUCCGAUUUGGCCAAUGAUUUGCUAUGGAUUGUGGAGCAGAUGCCGGACAUCAUACACGCGGCUGACGUAACUCCUGUGCUCCGGGCACAGGGCUAUUGGGCCUCAUAUAAUGUGCCAUAUUUUCCGGAUAUCUACCAAAUGAGUGGCACCGCCGAUAUGUUCCGCAAAUUUGGUCCCUUUUAUAGCCACAACUCGACCGCUCGGGCGCUGAUCUUCCGCAGGGAUGAGUCGAAAGUCACGGAUUUGCAGACUUUGUAUUCAUUGAUGCGUUACAAUGACUUCAAAAGGGAUCCGUUGUCUCAGUGCCAGACAUAUAACAAGCAAUGCAUUCCUCCCUAUUCUGCGGACCUAACCAUCGCUGCCCGCAAUGAUCUCAACGAAGUCACCGGCAGUUACGCCAUCCCUGAGUGGUCUCACGAUCUCGAGGGUGCCAUCGAUGCGAAGAUGACUACAUCGACGAUGGUCUGGGAUCUGGAGAUGUUGGCCGUCAGCGGACCCACUGAUGCACAACAGCCGCCAUUCCAGUGGUCCACCAGUGGCUUCAAGGGUAACCAUUUUGGACACCCGGAUACGUUUCAUUUCAAACCCAUUUAUGUUAAAUGGUUUCCCAAAACUUACGAAACUGCGGACGACGUCUAA